CGAGAUGAGCGCGGCCGAGGACGCCCGCCACCGUAGCACGCGCACGCGCCUCCAUCCACAUGCCAACGCGAGUGAGGCAGGCGAAGCAGUGGCCCGCCGCCGCAGCAUGCGGCUCCAUCCCCAUCCCCAGAUCCACGCCAGUCACGACGGCAACGGAGUGGCCCGCCGCCGCAGCCCGCGCCUACAUCCCCAGGUCUACGCGAGUGACGAGGGUGAAGGAGUGGCUCGAUGCCGCAGCGCGCUCCUCCGUCCACAGAUCCACGCGGGUGAGGAGGCAUCCGGCCGCAGUCGUCCUCGCCGCCGCGGCAGCUCGCCGGCGGCGCUGUCCUAGCCGCUCGAAAACGACCAUCUCCUGUGGGAGAUCCUCCUCCGCAUCCCGCCGCAGCCCUCCUCCCUUCCCCGUGCCUCCGCCAUCUGCAAGCGGUGGCGAUGCGCAGUCACCGACCCCAGGUUCCACCGACGCUUCCGUCAACACCACCGGAAGCCGCCCCUCCUCGGUUUCUUCGAGGACGGCGUGGAUGGUAUCGUGUUCAAAUCCGUCAUGGACCCUCCCAACCGCAUUCCUCCUCAGCGCUUCGACAUGCGACUCCACGGCAUUGACAGUGGCCGUGCCACGGGGGUCCAACUGCUCGGGUGCCGCCACGGUCGCCUCUUCAUCUUGCCCUGGCAGCGGGCAGAGCUUAUUGUAAUUGCUCCCAUCACCGGCAAGAAGCUCUGCCUGGCCGUUCCGUCCAAGUUCAAGGGGGACUGCUACCUUGAUGGGGCGGUGCUCUGCGCCGCUGCUGACCAUGGCCACGUGCAUGGAAACUGCCACUCAAGCCCAUUCAAGGUGGUCUUGCUGUCGACAAGCACCUACCAUAGUGGUCCACAGCCCGCCUUUGCAUGUGUUUACUCCUCGAAGACUGGCACUGGCAUAUGGAGCGAUCUCAUCUCAACGCCGACUCCAUAUCAGCUUCAUGGCGCUUAUAUUCAUGGGUCACUUAUUGGUAACUCACUUUACUGGAUGUGCGGGCAAGGAAGGUACAUAUUUGAGUUUGGUUUGGAUGGUCAGAGCCUAGCUUUGAUCACAGCGGCUCCCAGAAUAAAUGAUGGCCGCCACAACUAUGACCAACGUGAGAUCAUCCAGAUGGUGGAUGGUGUUGUUGGUCUUGCCAUAUUGUCUCCCUGUUACCGUAGCAUUCAAAUGUGGCGGUGGAAGGUCAAUUGUCAUGGUGAUACCAAAUGGGUGCUGUGCAAGUCCAUUGAAAUGAAUAGCAUUAAUGGGAUGCCUCCUGGGGUUAAAGGAGAGAUCCCAAAGUUGGUAUUUAGACUGAGAUAUGCUGAGGAUACUGGUGAUAUAUUUAUAUAUGCGGGCUGGAGUGUCUAUAUGGUUCAACUCAAGUCGAUGAAAUCUUGGAAACUUUGUGAAACCCUAUAUGUUACUCGUCAUCAUCCUUUCAAGAGUUUCUAUAUGCCAGGCCCAAGGAACUCUGCCCGCUCCUGCAGGAGAAGAAGCUGUACACCUUUGUUGGCUUCUCCAUUGGAGGUGACAAGGAGAAGCGGAAGUUGUCUGGUUUGGAGAUCAACCCCGACAAGUACGUCGACAUGCAGCGCAAAUGGAGAGUUCCAAACAAUGGAAAGAAGUGGCAGUCUUUGGCUGAGUUUGCAGCCAGCCUAAUCCACCCAUCCUACAAGGAAAUGAAGCAGAAGAUCAACAAGAAAUUGGACCACAAACUAUGGGGGGACAGCCCACUGCCAAACAACCUCAUCGAGUACGCAGCGAAAGAUGCGUACGUCACCUAUGAGGCAUGGAAGAAAAUCGAAACCAUCAAAGAAGGUUUGAAGCAAUGGCAAGAGGCAGAGGAUGAU